AUGAAGUGGGAUUCAGCAGCAACGCUGACGACAGCAUUUCUCGCCCUCAGGGUAGGGGCUGACCCUUCGUCCAAACCCAAGCCCAACAUCAUAAUGGUCAUGACGGAUGACCAAGAUCUCCACCUCGACUCGAUAGAGCACAUGCCAACGCUUCAAAAGCUCCUGGGCCAGCGCGGGACCACCUUCACCAACCACUGGGCUCACAACACCAACAUCACGGCCGUGAGGUAUCCAGGCGGCAACUAUGACAAGUGGCGAGCCUCAGAGAUGGACUCUGAAUAUCUCCCAAAGUGGCUCAACGACGCGGGGUAUUCGACAAACUACAUAAGCAAGUUCCUCAACGGCCACAAUCUCCUCAACUACAACCCUCCCCCCAAGGCCUGGACAAGAGAUCGACGCGCUGCUCGACCCUUAUACAAUGGAGAGCACCCCGUCAACUAUCCAGGCUGGCAUCAGACGGAUAUCGUUCGAAUCAAAGCUGUAGAGCGCCUCAAACAGCUAUCCAAGGACCAGGACAAGCCCUUGUUCUACUGGAUCUCCCUGACGGCUCCUCACACGGUGCCGCCAGUCAAUGGUCCUUCUGACAACAUGCCUCAGCCUCGGCACAAGGACCUCUUUCCGGAUCUGGUGCUCCCUAAGAAGGGCAACUGGAAUCCGUCCGACGAGUACGCCAAGCAAAAGGUAAACUGGGUCGGGCGGACUGCACCCCUCAACGAAUCGAUGCUCGCCGAGACAGAGCUUCUCUACAAGACUCGCAUUAAAUCCCUCCAGGGCAUCGACGAGAUUAUCGAGGACGUGGUCGCGACCUUGGAGUAG